AGCCAUCUUCUAGGAGAAGGGAAGCUGAAGACAGACCUGGAUUUAUUUUCUGACUCUCUCGGGUGCUUGAGAAGAACCGCUCCCAUGCUACUAACGCUGAUGAUUCUGGGCCUUGCUGCCCUUUUUGGUACUUCUGAGAGUCAGACUGGAUGCUUUGGUAACAUAAACAAGGUUGAUACCACUGGGGCUUCCUGUAAAACUGCAAGACAAGAAGGUUUAGAUUACUGUGGAGGUCCUGCAUCAGAAAAGAUUGCUGAGAGGGACUUAAAUAAUAUGAACAAAUAUAAAGCCAUCAUUAAGAGCGCUGGCAAAAAAAAAUGUGUAGAUCCAGCAGUGAUCGCUGGUAUCAUCUCUCGGGAGUCACAUGCUGGAACUCUCCUAAAGGCUGGCUGGGGCGAUAACGGCAAUGCAUUUGGUUUGAUGCAGGUCAGUUGAUAAAACCACCAUAGUAUUGUUGGACGGUGGAAUGGUGAAGAUCAUCUCCUUGAUGCUACACAAAUCCUUAUCGAUAUGAUUAAGGGAAUCCAGAAAAAAUUCCCCAGAUGGACAAAGGAACAACAGCUGAAAGGUGGGAUUUCUGCCUACAAUGGAGGACUAGGAAAUGUCCGAAGUUAUGAAAAUAUGGAUAGGGGCACACCCGGCGAUGAUUAUGCCAAUGAUGUCGUUGCACGAGCCAAGUUUUAUAAGAGAAAAGGAUAUUGAAUCUGAGAGUUCUCUUCUUUCAGAUAAAUUGUGGCGCAUAUGAUUAUCUGUCUGAUGUACAUUAGAGACACUGUAUGUUUGGGGGAAGAUUAAAACCUGUAUCCUGAAAAUCCUUAUUGAUGCAUAUAGGCCCACUGACUGCAGUGGGAAGAAUUGCUUCAAUAAGGGUUUGCAGUCUCAGGCAUCAGAUUUUUAAAUUAUGCAAUCAGUAAACAUUAGUUAUAUGGUAACUUUAAAACAUUUGGUCUCUAUCUGACCAAGGAAUCAUUAACCAGAGUAUUGAUAAUAUCCUAUCCUAUUCUGAUUAUUUCUCUGAUUUAUUAAAGCUGCUCUGUCUAGCUAUUGUUAGUCUUCUACCUUCCCAUUUUUACUCAUAUAUAUAUUUCAAUAUCUGCUGUUGUCUUAAGAAAUAAAAAGGGGAAAGUAAUC